AUGAUUCUAAUUUUACAGAUGAGGAAACUGAGGCACAAAGAAGUCUGUCUCCGAGGCACUAAAGUUCACAAGAAAUGCUACCUUGCUUCAGAAGGCUUGAAGCAUUUCCACGACGCCAAUGAAGACUGCAUUUCCAAAGGAGGAAUCCUGGUUAUCCCCAGGAACUCCGACGAAAUCAACGCCCUCCGAGACUAUGGUAAAAGGAGCCUGCCGGGUGUCAAUGACUUUUGGCUAGGCAUCAAUGACAUGGUGACGGAAGGCAAGUUUGUUGACGUCAAUGGAAUCGCUAUCUCCUUCCUCAACUGGGACAGUGCACAGCCUAACGGUGGCAAGCAGGAAAACUGUGUCCUGUUCUCUCAAUCAGCUCAGGGCAAGUGGAGUGAUGAGGUCUGUCGCAGCAGCAAGAGGUACAUAUGCGAGUUCACCAUCCCUUAAUAGGCCUUUCUCCAAUGUGUCCUCCAAGCAAGAUUCAUCAUAACUGAUAAGUUGAUGAUCUCUAACAAGUAAAAAUUAUCAUUUUUACUUAUUAAAAAAUUGAAA